AUGCCCGUUCAGCACAUCAUCUUUGGCCGUCCAGUCAGCCUGCGCAUGCCUCCUCGACGGAUACAGGCUGUCCUCUUUCUAGUCUUCCUCUGCGCCUCCGGCAUAUUGCUCUUUGGAGCGCCCACCUCCGUCGACGUACCGUCGGUCCAACAGAUUUCCGAUGCUGUCAAGAAUCCAAAGCUACCGAGUGUACCCAAGCUCCCCAACCCAUUCCGACCCAGCGCUCACGAGCCACCGCCUGUACAAGCGAACAGCACCGAUGGGAAGGCGAAGUGGUACAGCGACUGGACAUGGAGGAACCCGUUCUCUAGCUCGAUAACCCUCGACGAGAACCGCGCCGUGUUGCCACCCCUAAUGAAGCGCACUCCGGUGUAUACCUUCUACGAGCUGGACACAAAGAAGGACAAGGCUGUGCUCAAAGCGGAGAACCAACUGCUCUUGACGUGGAGGCGUGCAUGGUGGGCGAAAGGAUUCAAGCCGGUGGUCCUCGGCCGGCCAGAAGCAGAGCACAACCCGCUCUACCGCCUCCUCCAGACCAAGAAGCUCAAGCCGGCGCUAGAAAGGGACGUCACUCGCUGGUUAGCCUGGGGCAGUAUGGGCUCAGGCAUCCUUUCGAAUUAUCUCGCUGUUCCAAUGGCCGCCUACGAAGAUCCACUGCUGUCCUACCUCCGCCGCGGCGACUUCCCCAAACUCACCCGGUUUGAAGGCCUCAAUAGCGGUCUCUUCUACGGCCCACAGAACGCCAUCAGCGAUGUAAUCAAAGUUGCUCUCGACAACCCCGAUCUUGAGAAAGAGCUCUCCCUGACCUCCGCCGUACCGGCUGACGCGCUCGCUGUCGACAAUCAAGGCGCCAGCAUUGCAUAUUACGAACCUACCGUCAUCAACACGAAAUACAAGGCCGUCGCCGACGCCCUAGGCUCCCCUCUCUCCGCCGCAGGCCUCACCGCCCUCCAACAACUCAUAAACGCGCACCUUCAAACGACCUGGCAAAACACAUUCAGCGCCGGCAUCUCGAUCGUCAAACCCGGCAAACACAUGAGCGAGCUCAUCGCGCCCGCAAUCGACAUCGCGCGCAACCUAACCGCCUGCGCCGCCUCGCCCAUCCCCUUCUCCUGCCCGCCCAACUUACCAAAAUGCCACCCCUGCAACCCCUCGCACCACCUCCUGAUCUCGACCCUCCCAGUCUUCAGGAACAGCACCAAGGAGCUCUUCUCCAUUGGCACCGUCCCACAUCCCUACACCUUCGCCUCGCUGCACCACCAGAAGGACGUCCUCGAUCCGCGCUACAUCCGCCGCGACCUCAAAGACCGCGACCCCUGGCUCGCGUUCACGACCAAGGAGCUCCUCGGCACAGCCGUCAGCGCCGCCACGCGCGUCGUCCGCUUCAAGGACGCCGUGGCCGCAGAGUACGGGCAAGCGCAUAGCCUAUGGCUCACCGCCGAGCGCGAGUCCCACGAGGAUCUGGACUGGAUCUUUGGGUUCGAGCUUCCGCGGGAUCACGUCCGGGACGGGAAGAGCGAGACGCCCGUCCCCGGGCCGGAGAGGCGGCCGAGAGUCAAGGAGGAGAACGAGGAUGCGGCGAAGCCGACAGAGGCGGAGUUGGAGGUUGAGCGACGCUUAUUGCAGAAAGCGCGGAGUGCAAUCAACUCGAAGGUUAAGCAGCAGAUUGUCGUGAAGGAGGCCGUUGAGGCGUGGAAUCUGGCGGAUACGGAGGCGUGGCGGUUUGCGAGGGCGUGGAGUGCGCGGAGAAGGGUUGAGAGGAGGAAGUGGGAGGAGGAGGAGAAGGAAUUCGCGGGUGCGGAGGGUGGGAGAGGGGGCGGGAGGUGGGGAAGGUGGUUCGAGAGGGGGAGGUAG